AUGGCGACCCCGACGGUAAUAUCCGCCAAUUCGUCAGAAGAGGAAGUAACAAUGUUUGAUAAUUUGCACAAGAAAAACAAACGAAAACACACCAACGGUCACCAUGAUUCAAACCAGCCGGAAAGCAAAAAGCUCCACGAAACCGGAACAGAGGCCGGAUCGUUUGCAAAUUUUUCCGAGAAAUCGGUACGCAUCAUGCAACAGAUGGGUUAUAAGGCUGGCACCGGGCUGGGUAAGACAGGCCAGGGGCGCGUGGAUCUGAUCGAAACGUCCUCACAGAAGGGACGAAGCGGUUUAGGCAUGAAAUUGAACGAGCUAAACACAGCCGCCGAACAGUGGGAUGGUGCAGCGGAGGAAUUAAAGAUCCCGGAAAUGUACACCUGGCUGAAGAAUGCAAAUGCGGCUGCGGAUGAUCCGGGCAUCACGCGGGAACAGCUAGACGCAUGGAUAAAAGUAGGCCCGCGCAAGCUGCAAAUCAACGACGAGCACACAUACUGCGAGCCUGAGAUUUUGCAACAAAUUCUAGCGAGUAAGUCAGUGUUCGAUAAUCUCGGUGCGGAUGAUAUGCGCAAAGCGCGGUCCAAGUCAAACCCGUUCGAGCUAAUUAAAAGCAACAUCUUUAUCAACCGUGCCGCAGUCAAGAUGGCAAACAUGGAUUCGAUGUUUGGUUUUAUGCUUACUAAACCGCUUGACCAGAACGGCAAACUGUUGGUAAGAGAGAACGAUCUGUUUUACUUCGCGGACGUGUGUGCCGGUCCGGGAGGGUUCUCCGAGUACGUGCUGUGGCGUAAUGGGUGGCACGCGAAAGGGUUUGGCUUUACACUGAAAGGGGCGUGCGAUUUUCGUUUAGACGACUUCACGGCUGGAUCGCCGGAAACGUUUGACGCGUACUACGGACCGAAGGAGGACGGUAAUAUUUUCGAUCCGGCAAAUAUUGAGGGAUUUUCCGACUACGUCAUGACACAGACGGAAACGGGUGUCCAUUUGAUGAUGGCGGACGGAGGGUUUUCCGUCGAAGGACAGGAAAACCAGCAAGAGAUCCUUUCGAAACAGCUCUACCUGUGUCAGAUGAUCGUGGCGCUUGCGAUCGUUCGACCGGAAGGACACUUUGUGAUGAAGGUGUUCGAUCUGUUUACACCGUUCAGUGUCGGGCUAGUGUAUCUAGCGUACCGGUGCUUCCGGGAGAUUUCCAUCUGCAAACCAAACAGCAGCCGUCCGGCCAACUCUGAACGAUAUCUCGUUUGCAAGUGGAAGCUCCCAAAAACCGAUCUCAUACAGAGGCAUCUUGAGGAUGUAAACAGGCAGAUGUUUAACAAUAGCAAGAAAAACAUCGACACACUCGAGCUUGUGUCGGAAGAGGUGCUGCAUGAGGAUGCCACAUUUUUCGAGUACAUCUGCACCAGCAACAACACUAUCGGGGUGAACCAGAUAACGGCUUUGUUGAAGAUAGCGGCGUACUGCAAAAACCGUGACCUCGCCGAAACGCGCCAGACAGAGGUGAAGCAAAAGUGUCUAUCGCUGUGGAAGCUGCCGGACGGGAUCCGAAAAUUUGCCAACAAGGGUGACCCGGACCAGUACGUGGCGAAGCUGUACAAAGAAUGGAACAGCCUUACAAAGGAGGUGUGUCAGGUGGAGAAGAAGCUGCAAAAUCCGGACCUGAAGAUGAACUUCCAGUCCGCGUACGAUUGGUGCUUUGUGCCGAUCGGUAAUGCAGAAAACAAUGGCAAAAACAUUCGCACGAUUUUGCUCGGCAAGGGUGGCAAGGAGGUGUACAAGUUUGAUCCGAAGCAGUGCAGUUGGAUACCGAUGACGGAGGUGGCGAUCGAGCUGCCGCACGGUACGAUCAUCUACGGGGAGAUUGUGCGAGAGCUGCAGGGUCAGGGAAAAUCACAGAUCGUCAUCAAUACACUGCAUAUCAUUGAUGGGUUGUUGCUUGGUGGCGAAAACAUUCGCAAACUGCCACUCCGUCAGCGAAUGGCACGAUGUCAGCAGUUUGCCAAAGCGCUCAACAAACCGCUGAAAGGCAUCAAUUCUGAUUACACGAACGGUAGCGCGGUGACGGUACAGAUACGGGCGAAGAAGUUGUACGAUCUGUGCGAUAUCGAAAAUAUCUUCUUCAAAUCGUUGGAAACGUACAACCUGAAGACCGGACCGCCACGGUUGGGUUACCGGCUCCGGAACGUGAUCGAUGCGGACCGUUUCUACGUGCCGUAUGGGUUGCUGUUUUUAAAGGAGACUAAACCAGACUAUUUGAAAUCACUGUCUACGAAACGGCGAAUGUUUUAUUACUCUAAUAUGAAAACCAAGGUUUCUAAGUACCCGGAGCAGUUUGAUAACCACGAGGCGGAAACGAUGGCAAUGUUUGAAGAAACGUUCCAUUCGCGCCUGCUUUGGAAGUGGGAAAUAGUGCUCCAGGUCAAUCCGCAAGUUACUGAGGAAAGAUCCUCGGAUAGUGUGUACCGGGUGGACUUUAAACAGUAUCUGCAAACCAACUACGGACAAAGCGUUAAUUAA